UGGAACACACGUGAAACUGCCCAGGCCAUCAAGGGUAUGCAUAUACGAAAAGCCACCAAGUAUCUGAAGGAUGUCACCUUAAAGAAACAAUGUGUACCAUUCCGAUGUCACAAUGGUGGAGUUGGUAGGUGUGCCCAGGCCAAACAGUGGGGCUGGACACAGGGUCGGUGGCCCAAAAAGAGUGCUGAAUUUUUGCUGCAUAUGCUUAAAAAUGCAGAGAGUAAUGCUGAACUUAAGGGUUUAGAUGUAGAUUCUCUGGUCAUUGAGCAUAUCCAAGUGAACAAAGCACCCAAGAUGCGUCGCCGAACUUACAGAGCUCAUGGUCGCAUUAACCCAUCCACAAGCUCCCCCUGCCACAUGGAGAUGAUCCUGACUGAAAAGGAACAGAUUGUUCCCAAACCAGAAGAAGAGAUAGCACAGAAGAAACUGAAGAAACAAAAACUUAUGGCACGAGAAUAG